AUGGAUAAUCAUAAAUUAUUUGUUGGCAAUAUGGCAGCACGUAUAACACAACUUGAUCUUUGGCGAUUUUUUUCAUCGUAUGGUCUUAUUGAUGAAUGUGCUAAGUUUCAUGAAUCUUAUGCAUUUAUACGUUAUGUUCAUGUUGAUGAUGCUAAACGAGCACGUCAAGAAACACAUGGAGCUAUGUUAAAAGGACGAAAACUUAAAGUUGAAUUUGCUGCAAAUUUAAAUAGAAGUAAUUCAUCAUCAGCAACCGAUCAACAAAAAUAUCUCUAUGUUGAACCUUUACGUCGAUCAGGUAAUAGGGCAAUAUAUUAUUCGCCAUCGAAAUCAUCACCAACGAUAUCCGAUCAUAAAAAAGUUCAUAAUCGAAUAUUUUCUAGCAAUCUAUCGAAUGGUGAAGAAUUUCUUACACCUGAUUUAUUGCGUUUAGCUGGAAUUCAAUCAUCAUCAUCAUCUUCAUCAUCAUCAUCCUCGGAUGAUGGUUAUGAAACAAACUCUUCGCCAAUAUUGAACAAUAGUUGUGAUUCACGUUUUUUUCCUAUGUCAACUCGACAAGAUAAUAUCUAUUCAAAUACAUUAUCUGAUCAAAGCAAUCGUCGAAAUGCAGAUACCUAUUUACUAUCAUUAGAUUUUGCUCGCAUACGCCUAUUUUCGGAUGUAUCGUCUGGCUUUGGUGAUGAAUCAAAUUUGUUUAUUGAAUAA